AGUUUUAUUCAACCAAUUACCCAGUAGAGAUGUCCUCCAAAAAGUGCGGAAUUGUGCUCCUUAUCGCCUGCUGCCUGGUGGCUUUAGUGGCCGGCUAUCCCCAGCCAUAUCCUGGGGAAUCCCAGUUGGCAGAUCAGGAGGAGGAGUUCCUCGGGCAGAUGCUAUUGGUGCCAAAUCCUGAGGAAUCCCAGUUGUCCGAUCCGGAGGAGUUCCUCGAGGAGAUGCCUUUGGUGCGUCGAGUUCGAUCGCCCGAGGGUGGUUCCCUGGUGAUCACCGCCAGCAAGGACAACCAAGUGGGUCGGGAGGCCAGUCUCCAGUAUAAUCACAAUCUGUUCUCAAGCCGCGAUGGGCGUGGCAGCAUCGACGCCUACGCCCAAGCCAGCCGGAAUUUCGACCACAACCGCAACGACUACGGCGGCGGCAUUCAGGGCACCUGGCGUUUCUGAGCGAGAAUACGAGUAUUAAAUUGGUUACAAAAUGAUUCACGUCAAUAAAUAAAUGUAGUUGUUUACCCAA